GAAUGCUGACGAAACCAACUCUCUUCUCCAGCUCAGGGUCGGCUGGCCUGGCCACUGCUCGCCAACUUACGGGGACACGUGGCAAGAGCUGGACCGUGGCUGUGGCUACAAUGCCUGGGCUCCACCUUCCACCUUUAGCAGCGCAACAUUGCCCACCGCUCUCCCUCCUCCUAAACCUCUCUUAAAAAGCGAAAAAGAGGAAGAGGUUAGUUGGAGAGAGAGAGAAAAAGAAAAGCUCCGGCGAAUGGCGGCGACGGAGGUGGUGAAGAGCGGAGAGACGGAGGGGGAGGGAGAGGAGCAGAGGCUGCUGGAGGGAGUGGCGGUGCUGGACUUCGACAUGUUGUGCUCCACGGUGGCACUGCAGGCGCAGGGCAAGUGGACCAAAUUUGACCACAAUGGGAAUGGUGAUGAUGAAGAUAGUGGGGAAUUUGGGGGCGUUUUCAGGAUGUGGGAAGGUGAACUUCUUGAUUGCUUUGAGGAUCGUCGCAUCGCUAUUCAAACUGCUUGUUGUCCAUGCUACAGGUUUGGUAAAAACAUGAGAAGAGCUGGUUUUGGUUCUUGUUUUAUUCAGGGAACUGUUUAUUUCAUACUUUCCUUUAGUGCCUUUCUUAGCUGCAUUGCCUUUUUUGUCACCAAACGACACUGCUUUCUGUACAUGGCGGUUGCUUUCACCAUUUCAAUUGGAACAUAUAUGGGUUUCUUCCGCACACAGAUUAAAAAGAAAUUUAAUAUCAGGGGUGGUGACAGUUCCUUGGAUGAUUGUGUCUACCAUCUAAUCUGCCCUUGCUGCACGUUAUGCCAGGAGUCGAGAACAUUGGAAAUGAACAAUGUCCAAGAUGGCACCUGGCAUGGUCGGGGUGACACAAUAUGCAUCGGGAGUUACGGUGAAAGCAGCAAAGCAUUCCUUGAGCUGCACCCACCUCCUCUUGUCACGACCAAAUCCCCUGAACCCUGCAGCAUGCAAAAAAGUACAGACAGCAAUGAGCGGUCAUAAACUUCAGAAGUCGGUGUUCUCACACAUGGACCCCACCAUACCCACAUCGGCUGCAUCAGUGAAUUAUAUGUCUACUCUCGAUUUGUGGGGUGGGGGGAUCCUAUGCAGGUUGCAUUUCAUAAACAUGUGUGUUCUGAGGGUAACCAGGAUUGGAAGCAUAGAGCAUCUGCUGCCUGGCUCUUGGAGAGCUGCCUUUCUGGGUUGGGAAUGGUGGGAAUUAUGAAAUGUUGUAAAAUAUGCGAGGAAGAUGUUUUCAGUUUCAUAUGCAUAAUGGAAAUCAUGUAUUUUCACGAUCCUGGGGUGAUUAAAAUGGCCCCUGUUCUCUAUUUAUGUCGAGCUUGUAGUUCGAGGACCAAAAAUACUGCCAUCUUUCUUGAAGUUUCUUUCAAAGGAAUGCCAAUGUGUUCAUUCAUCUAA